AUGGAAGUCAUAUCCCCUUCUGUCUCUGGAAAAUCGGCUCAACGCCAUCAUGUUACAGGAACAGUUGACUUGUACCUGAAUGGACAACAAAGACUCAUCCCAAUCCCAUCUUCAGAUCCACUUGCAGAUCCUCUGAACUUGCCACAAUGGAGAAAAUGGGCCUGCGUGGCAGCAUUAUGUCUUUUUGGAUCCAUUGGACUCACCGUUCAAGCCGGUAUUGCGGGCAUGAUUCCAGUGUUCAUUUUUGAAUAUUCGGGGCUCGACCCGAAGAUGCUCAAUCAAAUGUCUGGGUCCGGUCCAGUCCCGGCGCCUCCCCCCGGGCCGCAUGGUCACAAGAGUGCCGACAUGGCGAAGGCAUUUCCUGUGAUUCCAGGGAAGCCGACCUCUGCGCAAGUUAGCAUGUUGGGAUCGCUCCCUUCGCUCUUUUUAGGAUUGGCCAACUUCUUCACGAUUCCUCUAGCCAAUGCCAUUGGGCGGCGUCCUGUCAUGCUCCUGUCCGCUGUACUGGCCGCCGCCACACUACCAUGGGCGGCGGGAAGCACGAGUCUGGAAAGUCAUCUUGCCGCUAGGUGCAUCCAAGCUCUAGGCACUGGCGCCAUCGAAUCUCUGGUCCCGUUAAUACUCCAGGAUAUGUCGUUCAUCCAUGAACGCAACAAGUACAUUGGUUUUAUCUGGGCUAGCGGUGGGGUCAUGGCAUGCGGACUAGGUAUCGCGUCGUCUCGGAUUGUUGCUGAUCUGGGCUGGCGCUGGUUCUACUGGAUCAUGACGAUCCCUGCAGGCCUCGCAUUCAUUCUGAUCUUCGUAUUUGUCCCAGAGACCAAGUUUCCUCGGAGUCAAAAAUCACUUGAUGGUGACCUUAGCCUCGUCUCCCAGGGACAACUUCGCCCCGAGAUCGACCACGGCCUACAUGGCCGCAAGCGGUGGGGUUGGACGGUAUUUCAAUAUCGGGAGUGGCCACAGGCAUGGCACACAUUGAUUGAAAUGGGACAGUCGCUCCUCCUUCCGAACAUUCUCUGGAUCAUCCUUCUGAAUUCCGCAAGCAUUGGGACGAAUAUUGCAAACCAGAUGGCAGGCGGAGUGGUCCUUCUGCUCCCUCCUUAUUCAUUCCCUCAAUCCUCCCUUGGCUUCGUUACGAUCUCACUGUUUGUUGGUUCUAUCUUCAGCUUUGCCAUAUGCGGUAUUGGUGGAGACUGGCUUGCGGGAAGACUAACAAAGCGAAACAAUGGGCUUCGCGAGCCAGAGCAUCAACUCAUAAAUCUGGUUUUGCCGAUCAUUGCCACUAUUGUUGGGAAUGUCUGGUUCGGUGAUAUUGGCGAGCACCCGGAGAAGUAUCACUGGAUUUGGUUCUUCGUGUCGAAUGCCAUCUUGGGAUUCGGCUUCAUAUCUAUUAACUCAGUGGCUUCAGUGUAUGCGAUUGAGUGCUACCCAAACAUGGCAGGUUCCCUUCUGGUGGUCGUUUCUGCCUUACGAAAUAUCAUUUCAUUUGGGAUCUCCUUUGGCGUGUAUGGAUUCAUCGAUCUUCAAGGCUUCAUUGGCACCUUUGGAAUCCUUGGUGGGGUCAGUGGCGCAAUUGGACUGGGGAUAAUCCCAGUGUGGAGUAUGUGUCCCUAA